GACGCGGGUGGGGGUGGCUGGUACCUGCUUGAUAGAGACGCUGCUCCGGAGAUCCUGUCUGAGACCAGAUCAUGUCGGACCUGGGCUCUGAGGAGUUAGAGGAGGAGGGAGAGAACGAUCUUGGGGAAUACGAAGGAGAGCGCAAUGAACUGGGAGAGCGGCACGGACGUGGGAAGGCACGGUUGCCCAACGGGGACACAUAUGAAGGAAACUAUGAGUCUGGAAAAAGACAUGGCCAGGGCACCUACAAAUUUAAGAAUGGGGCCCGGUACGUUGGCGACUAUGUUAAAAAUAAGAAGCAUGGACAAGGUACCUUUGUCUAUCCAGAUGGGUCCAGAUAUGAAGGGGAGUGGGCUGACGACCAGAGGCAUGGCCAUGGCGUUUACUACUACGUCAAUAAUGACACCUACACAGGGGAGUGGUUCAAUCAUCAAAGGCACGGGCAAGGCACCUACUUCUACGCGGAGACCGGCAGUAAGUACGUCGGUACCUGGGUGCACGGGCAGCAGGAGGGUGCCGCCGAGCUCAUCCACCUGAAUCACAGGUACCAGGGCAAGUUCAUAAACAAAAACCCUGUGGGCCCGGGAAAGUACGUAUUUGAUGUGGGAUGCGAACAGCAUGGUGAAUACCGCCUCACAGAUGUGGAAAGAGGUGAAGAGGAGGAGGAGGAAGAGGCAUUAGUGAGUAUCGUUCCAAAAUGGAAAGCUCUCAAAAUCACAGAAUUGGCCUUGUGGACUCCAACCCUCUCCGAGGAGCAUCCUCCUGCUGAGGGACAAGGGCAGGAAGAAGUCCAGGGAGUUACUGGCGCUGAGCCCUCAGAUGACAUCCAGGCAGAAGGUUUUGAGGCCGACACAGAGCCGAGGACAGGCGAAGAAGACAUGGACUUCAGGCAGGAGAGCCAGGAGAACAGUUACGACAUAGACCAGGGAAACCCGAACUUUGAUGAAGAACAGUUAGACCUCCAGGAGUAA